AAAAUUGAAAUACAUUAAUGUGUUAGUGAGAAGUCCGAUGUUGGAUCAGAUCACCACAACCAUCAAUGGUUUGGUUACGAUCCGAGCUCUCAGAGCUGAAAAUCAUUUUUUAAAGGACUUCCAUUACUUUCAAGACAAUCACACCACCAGUUAUGUCAUGUGUAUCUCUGCCGCCAGAGCUUUUGGAUUUCUACUGGAAAUCGUAUACUUAUUUUACAUGAUCCUUGUGGUAAUCAUGCUAAUGAUAUUCUGUGACGGUAUGGGCGGAGGAACGGCUGGUCUUAUUUUGAAUACAACAAUGGGUUUAAUGGUUACCAUUCAGUAUGCCGUCAGAAAUGCGGCAGAUUUGGAGAAUCAGAUGACAUCAGUUGAACGGAUCCUCGAAUACAGUGAACUCGAGUCGGAAGAGUCGCCUAAAGAGGCGGACAGUCGUCUCAAUGUAUCCCCCGAUUGGCCACUCGAGGGAAGCAUUCAUUUCCAAGACGUUUGUCUCACUUAUGAGAACUCAACGAAUGAGACGUUAAUUGAAAUCAAUUGUCAGAUCAAAGGCGGAGAGAGAGUGGGAAUCGUCGGCCGAACCGGCGCUGGAAAGAGCUCUCUAUUGGCGGUACUCUUCCGUAUGCAUCGAUUCAAAGGCAGAGUCACUAUCGAUGGCACAGACAUCACGACAAAACACCACUUCACGAAACCUUUUCUCUUCGUAUUGUUUAUCGAAAAUAAUAUUCUGUUUGACGUUUGCGUUGAAAACCCACGACUCCUG